CACACUUAUUUACACACACUUGUUUUCACUUCAUCAGGGUUCAGGCAGGUUGAGUUUGCUACCAGCGCUCAUCGGGUCUCGUCUGUCGGGUACUGAUGACAGAUCUGUGCUGCGUCUGACGAGAGCGCUGCCUCAUCAUCGCAUUAAUAAUUUGUUCAGCAUGUCAGAUGACAACAACGAACUGUUGCGAUCACGAGGGCUGUCAGCAGCGACACGUGGAGUGUGAUCUUCUUAUUUUGUUUGGAAACUCCUGAAUGACAAAACAGAACAGAAAUUUAAGUUAAAGUGAACCUGAGAAGCAACAGAGGAACAGAAUGCAUGCUGUGGUGAGGAGCAGAUAAGGAGGACCCAACCACUGAAAUACACCUAUACUCACCAUGAGCAUGUCAGCAGUGCACUCCGCCUCCCCUCCUGCUGAGGAACCAGUGACACCCCCACCCUUGACCACACCUCCUCGCAAAGCUUCAGUCCGGCUCCAGGAGAGGCGGGGCUCUAAUUUGUCUCUCCUUUUGGAUGUGAACACUUUGGGGGUGGAGACUGUCUGUUCUGUCUCCACCCCAAAGGAGGUGUGGCUUCAGCUGCUUCACACCUCCUCACGACCACUCACACACAAGCUGCUGCAGGAAGCUGCCAUUGACACAAAUACGCUGAAUGUAGAGUACCAGAAGAUCCCUCCGAACUUUGUGAACGCUGCUGACCUUGAUGUUCCGGGACACAUGAUGAAAGACCGAUACAAAACCAUCCUCCCCAACCCUGAGAGCCGAGUGAUCCUGAGGAACCCGGACGAUGAACCUGGGCCUGAUCGCUACAUCAACGCCAACUACAUCAGGGGCUACAAAGGGGCUCCCAGGGCCUACAUUGCUACCCAGGGGCCCAUGGUGCACACCGUGGGAGACUUCUGGGACAUGGUGUGGCAGGAGAGGAGCAGUAUCAUCGUCAUGGUUACGAGGCUGAAGGAGAACAACGAGAAAUGUGAGGUGUACUGGCCACAGCCGAGAGACAGGACGAAGAGGGUAAAGGAGGAGGACGAAGACCAGGAGGAGAAGGACGGGCAGAGGGAGAAGGAAAAUGAAGAGGAAGGAGAGUCGAGACAAAUCGGCAGAUUCCUUAUCAGAGUGAAAGACAGCCGAGAGAAAGACGGAUUCACGAUCACAGAUAUGGAGAUUCAGCUCCAUUCAGAGCGUCGACACGUCAGACACUACUGGUUCACAUCUUGGCCUGACCAUCAUAUCCCACAAUGCAUAGCUCCAUAUCUAAGGCUGGUGGAAGAGGUGGAGACGUACAGCAAGUCCCUCGUGCCACCCUCUAGCUCUCAGGAAGUCUCUGCGCCCGCCUCCAGCCCUGGACCAAUCAUCGUCCACUGCAGUGCAGGUAUCGGGCGGACAGGCUGUUUUAUAGCCAGCACUAUCGGCUGUCAGCAGCUCAGAGAAACUGGGCAAGCUGAUGUCCUGGAGACAGUUUGUCAGCUUCGACUCGACAGGGGCGGUAUGAUCCAGACCUCAGAGCAGUACCAGUUCUUGUACUCCACACUGGCCCAGUACAGCUCCCAGCUGCAGCAGAAACAGAACCAGCCUGCCACACUGCCUCAGAGCCAGCAGAGCCCAGAGGACCAGGUCAGCAUACAGCUGCAGAACCUCGAGCUACACAGCAAACAGAACAGGAAGAUCUCAUAGAACCUGGAUAACCAGCAGUGUCUUCAGAGAAGUCCAGGAGAAGCAAGGAGAAAGACGCCAGCAGCAGCAGCAGAACUUAAAGAACUGAUGCACCAGCAGGGGGACGGCUGGGGGAACGAGGAGGAUCCUACAGGGGCCCCAAAGAACUGGUGUUUGGCUCCAAUUUGACUGAACAAGCAGAGAAUAGGAAUAAUUAGAAGAUCAAAAGCAUCAUGUUCAUGACAGACUGAGACUGAAUCAGACUAAUUAAAUAAAAUAAGGCAGGAAUAUUCAAUGGCUUGGCUGUGGUAUUUUUCGAGCAGCUAUUUACCACACACAUUUAUUUGUUUAACUCUAAAUAUGGCCUGCUAAGUAUGAAGACAUUUUUUAAUAGUCAGAACAUUUGAGGGUAUCAAAACAAAUCACAUAGAUCUCUUCAUGAAAUGCGACCAGGACAGUUUGUCACAUCAUGUUUGACAAUCAGAAAUCAUUUGAUCACCAUGUUUCUCUCUUAUUGUUUGACCCAUUCUGUUAAUUUAUGAAACAAAAACACCUCUUGAGCCUUGUUGAAA